GGGAACUGGAGCGAGUAUUCACAUGGCUUGGUCUGGAUGUAAAGACUUACACAGAUCUGACAUCUCAGGAGAUUAAAGAUCUCAUGCAAACUUGGCAGCAUUCGCAAAGGCACAAAGACAGGGACUGUUUUAUAUGUUGUAUUCUAUCUCAUGGAGAGUCAGGAGCAAUCUAUGGGAAAGAUGAGGAACUUGUAUCCAUCCGCAUGAUCAUGUCCUACUUCACUGCCAAACAAUGUCCACAGCUGGCUGAAAAACCCAAACUCUUCUUUAUCCAAGCGUGCCAGGGUAAAGAGAUACAGUGUCCUGUGUAUGUUGAAGCUGAUGCACAAAUUCCUCCCUUGUCUUCCAUGCAACAGAGCAUUUCUCCUUCUGAAAGUAUUCCUGAAGAGGCCGAUUUCCUCCUAGGCAUGGCCACAAUUGACGGAUAUGUCUCUUUCCGACAUGUUGAACAGGGUGCUUGGUAUAUUCAGGCCCUAUGCAGUAAGCUACAGUUGUUGGUACCAAGGGGUGAAGAUAUUUUGUCGAUUCUUACAGAAGUUAAUGAAGACGUGGGCAGACGUGUUGACCGCUUGGGGACAAAGAAGCAGAUGCCCCAACCGGCAUAUACCUUAAGAAGAAAAUUUAUAUUCCCAAUACCUAGAGACCCUCCUCCUUCACAGCAACAUUGA